UGAGCGAGAAAAAUCUAUUUGUGUUCAUUUGUACAAAAAUCCCGCUACUUUCCAUCGUGUGUCAUUGGAUCGAUUGUUGGUCGCGGAUUGAAUCGGAGAAAAUCUGUAAUCAUCGUCAACCCUAUCAACCACGUGCACACAAAUGGAGUCUUCUUUCAGUGGGUCCUUUUCUGGUUCGCUUCAUCUUCAACAAAUAUCAUGAAAAUGGGUGAAUCCAUCAUUUUGCUCAAAUCCCUGAUGUGGGUCUUCUGUACUUCUAAACCAUAACUCUCUCACGUUCUUGGCUUUUUUCGUUUCAUGAGGGUCAUUCCCCUUCUUCAUUUCCCGGUUCCACCGGCGCCGGCGAUCACCAUCGCUCGUCGGCACUCAAUACCUCCAUCCUACGACCUUUCCGGACAUGGGUCAUUCCCAUUACGUUCCGGUUUCCGUUAUAUGUUUCGUUCUGUUAGGAAGUUUGAGGUAUUGGCUACGAACAAACAGUUGCCGGAGCUGAAGGACGGAAAAUCAGAGAGUGAAGAAGGUAUUUUGUUGCGAGCGGAAGUUGGCGGUAGCUUCGAUUUAGGAUGGUUGCCUGCUUUUCCUCAUGUUCUUGUUGCUUCCAUGUCUAAUUUCCUAUUCGGUUACCACAUAGGAGUAAUGAAUGGUCCUAUUAUUUCUAUUGCUCGAGAACUUGGUUUUGAGGGGAACUCAAUCCUUGAGGGACUUGUUGUGAGCAUUUUUAUUGUUGGUGCAUUUCUUGGAAGUAUAAGCUCUGGUUCGCUGCUUGAUAAACUAGGCUUUAGGCGUACUUUUCAACUUGCAACAAUACCCUUGAUUCUUGGAGCGCUGUUGAGCGCUCAAGCAUUGACCUUGGAUGAAGUACUUUGGGGAAGAUUUCUUGUUGGCCUUGGCAUUGGAGUUAAUACAGUGCUUGUUCCAAUUUAUAUUUCUGAGGUUGUUCCAACAAAGUAUAGAGGAACACUUGGAGGCUUGUGCCAGAUUGGAACAUGCCUUGGAAUUAUUGCUUCACUCUUUCUGGGAAUUCCAUAUGAGAACGAUCCACAUUGGUGGAGGACAAUGCUCUAUAUUGCAAGUCUUCCUGGAUUCUUUAUUGCAUUUGGCAUGCAGUUUGCAGUUGAAAGUCCACGCUGGCUAAGCAAGGCUGGCCGACUGGAUGAAACCAGAGUUGUUAUUCGCAACCUAUGGGGAGAAUCUGAAGUUGAAAGAGCAGUUGAAGAGUUCCAGUCUGUAAUAAGGAAUGAUGGAAGUGAUUUGAACAGUGGAUGGUCAGUGCUUCUCGAAGAACAAAACUUUAGAGUUGCAUUCAUUGGAGGUGCCCUUUUCUUUCUUCAACAAUUUGCUGGCAUAAAUGGAGUUCUCUAUUUCUCAUCUUUGACCUUUGAAGACGUUGGAAUCACAAAUGUUGCUGUAGCCAGUUUAGUUAUUGGAAUUACCAAUUUUUCUGGUGCUCUCUGUGCGUUGUACUUGAUGGAUAAGCAAGGGAGGCAGAGGCUUUUAAUUGGAAGCUAUUUGGGCAUGGCAGUUUCAAUGUUACUUAUUGUCUCUACCAUUGGUUUCCAGUUUGAUGAAGAACUAAGUCACAAUUUAUCGAUAGUAGGAACUAUUGCUUAUAUCUUCUCCUUUGCAAUUGGAGCCGGUCCAGUGACUGGUAUUAUUAUACCUGAGCUUAGCAGCACCCGAGCACGAGGAAAGAUCAUGGCAUUUAGCCUUGCAGUCCACUGGGUAUGCAAUUUCUUAGUGGGUCUAUUCUUUCUCGACUUGGUCCAAACAUUUGGAGUUGCUCCAGUUUAUGCUAGCUUUGGUGCAUUCUCCUUAGUGGCAGCCAUAUUUUCCAAGUAUUUCUUAGUGGAAACGAAAGGGAGGUCUUUGGAGGAGAUCGAAAUGACACUGAAUACCAACUUCCAUGGCAGUGACAAGUAAUACAGAGAUUGACCUAAUCACUUUAAUGGGUAACUGUUGCUCUGUUUUAUAGAUACGAAAUAAAAAUUGUACAUAAAUGCCUUGUUGUCGUCGCCCGACUAUUUUAGCAUAUAUAGAUUUAGGCAUAUGCCCUCAAUGAAAAGGUUAGAGGUUCAAAUUUCUCCCAUGUCAACCGAAAGGAACGUUACAUUGUAUAAUUAAACUAAACUUCUCAUUUCUCUCUGAUUCUAUAUCUCUAUGUGGAAUUAUGUAUGGAUAACACAAAAUACAGUGGGGUCAUUUUACAUACAAAAUUCAAAUUUGAAAA